AUGCCUACCCUUCAUCAUCGCGCCCUGCGUCACGUUGUGGUGUUAUGGGUUGUAAUAGCGUUGUUGGGGUGCGAGGCGGGACUAGGUUUGAAGGUGCCUUUUAGAGUAGACGACGUGCUUCCCGUGCUGCCGCGCGAGAUCUCGUGGCCCGUUCUGAACAACCUGCACAGUGCCGUGGACUUGCUCCCUUAUUUUGUUGGCUCCCUCACUCCCUCCAAUGCCUCCAUUAAGUGGAAAGGGGCUUGCUUUUAUGACAACACUGCCAAGAUUGAACUCACCCCCGCUUUGGACGGUGCUGUUCUCUACCUCAAGACAGAGGCUGCAUAUAGCUGGACCUGCAUGGAUCUGUAUGUUUUUGCAACCCCCUACAGGAUUACGUGGGACUACUACUUCUGUUCACGGGAACAUACAUUGAAAUUUGAUUCCUGGGAAGAGCCUGCAGAAUUGGAAUAUGUGAAGCAGCAUGGGGUUUCUGUGUUUCUCAUGCCAUCUGGGAUGCUGGGAACGUUGCUUUCUCUGAUUGAUGUUUUGCCUUUGUUCUCAAACACUGGUUGGGGUCAGAAAGCCAACCUGGAUUUCCUGAAGAAGCACAUGGGGGCUACAUUUGAGAAACGCAGCCAGCCUUGGCGUGCUUAUAUAGAUCCUGCAGAUGUUCAUUCUGGAGAUUUCUUAGCCGUGUCGAAGAUUCGGGGUAGGUGGGGAGGUUUUGAGACGUUAGAAAAGUGGGUGACUGGUUCAUUUGCGGGUCAUACUGCAGUUUGCUUGAAGGAUGAAUUGGGGAAUUUAUGGGUUGGUGAAUCAGGGCAUGAGAAUGAAAAGGGUGAAGAAAUAAUAGUGGUAAUUCCUUGGGAAGAAUGGUGGGAAUUGGCUCUUAAAGAUAAUUCCAAUCCACAGAUAGCGUUGCUUCCCUUGCAUCCAGAAAUACAGGCGAAAUUUAACAACACUGCAGCAUGGGAGUAUGCCCGGAGCAUGUCUGGCAAGCCAUAUGGUUAUCACAAUAUGAUAUUCAGUUGGAUUGACACUGUAGCUGACAACUAUCCUCCACCUCUGGAUGCUCACUUGGUAAUUUCUGUCAUGUCUAUGUGGACUAGAUUGCAGCCAACUUAUUCUGCUAAUAUGUGGAAUGAAGCAUUGAAUAAGCGGUUAGGGACUGAGGGUUUGGAUUUGCAUGAUAUUAUACUAGAGACUGAGAAGCGUGGGAUACCUUUCGAUGAACUACUCACUAUUCCUGAACAAGAUGAAUGGGUAUACAGUGAUGGGAAGUCAACAACCUGUGUUGCAUUUAUCCUCUCAAUGUAUAAAGAGGCUGGAGUUUUUGGUCCCAUUUCUAGUUCCAUUCAAGUAACUGAGUUCACAAUUCGUGAUGCAUACAUGCUCAGAAUUUUCGAGGACAACCAAACACGCCUACCAAGUUGGUGCAACAAUGAGAAUGAACAGCUUCCAUUCUGCCAAAUUCUUGGUGAAUAUAGGAUGGAACUGCCUGGCUACAACACCUUGGAUCCAUAUGCCAACAUGAAUGAGUACUGCCCUUCUCUUCCUCCAACUUAUGAUAGGCCUUCUCGAUACUACAUAGCAAAUCAUAGUGACAGUUGGAUUGGCUCAAAACUUGCAAUCAUGCAUUCUUUGGUCCACUGCACAAUGAUUCUUGGUAAUUGUAGUGGCUGCAGAGGCAGUGCUUCAAUCACAGACUAUUCUUGUAAUGCAUGUUCUAUCAUCUAA